AUGGUUAGGGCGAAAAAGAGUCGGAGGGAAGGAGGUUACAACACGUGGCGACCAGUACAAUGCUCUCCUGGUCGCUAUAUGGUGUACGGUAGUGGUAAAUUGCUGCAAGCUGUGAUGGCCACCAAGCUCUACAACGACUCAAAAACGUUCGUCGAUCAACCAAUGAAGGAGGGACGAACCGGGACGACAGUUCCGCAGCCUGUUUCACAGAUCUCAAAAGACGACGUGAAGAGAUUUGUCGACGAGAACUUCGACAAGGAAGGACAAGAACUUCGAAGCUGCACCCUCUCCGACUGGACCAGGUAUCCGGCAAGUUUCAAAACGAUCAAGGACAAUAACCUGCGAUUGUUCGCUUUGAAUUUGAACGCAAUCUGGAAGGAACUUUGUCGCGAGAUGAAGCCCGCUGUCAAGGAUUCUCCCGAGCGAUUUUCACUUCUAUACGUCCCUCAUCGCUUUGUUGUACCUGGAGGACGAUUUCGCGAAUUCUACUACUGGGAUGCUUACUGGAUCGUGAAGGGUUUACUCGCGUCAGGAAUGACGGACACCACAAAAAGUAUGAUUGACAAUUUCGCCUACAUCGUUGAUACCUAUGGAUUUAUCCCGAAUGGUGGUCGAGUUUACUAUCUACGACGAUCACAGCCACCGCUAUUUAUACCAAUGGUCUAUGAAUAUUACUUGGCUACAAGAGACAAAGAAUUCCUUCGUACAAUGCUUCCCAUUAUGGAGAAAGAAAUUCAAUUCUGGCAAAAAAAUCGCACAGUAUCUCUUGGAGUCGACGGAGAAACCAUCACGAUGUAUCAGUACAGGACUCCUUCCACGGUGCCA